GGAAUCAAAUAUUACAGCCUGUUCCACGAUCUCGAAAGAAAAUUUGUGCGAACGAAGGCUACUCACUCACUUUCGCAUAAGAAUGCGUUCCACUAACUUUCGUUCUUUCUUUCGCAUAGCCUUACGUGAUUCAGUGUUGCAAAAUAUUUUUUGGCAAAAUUAAUCGCGAAAUAAGGCAAAAAAAAGCGCUAAAUGUCUAAUUUAAACGCGAAAAAGCAGCAGUGGCUCUGUCUCAACUGACAGUUCAGUUGUAAACAAACAAAUUGUAAAUAAACAAACAAAAUAAAAUUUCUAGUGAUUGAGUUCAGAUUAUUUGUGUUCUUAAAAAAGAAAAAAAUGAAUAUUUCUGUGGCCCUGUUUUUUAUGGAUGAUGAGGAGGAGGUACAAAAUGUGCCACGGAGGCAUUUAAGAGAUGCUUCGAAUUUAUUUGAAGUACCUAACAACCAGUUUGUGGCCAAUUUUCGUGUGUCGAAGGAAGUUUUUCGGGCUCUUUUGGAUAUGAUGGAAGAGAAGUGGGUGGCCGGUUGCAGAACUACCCAAAUCCGCCCCGAUUUAAAACUUGGCACAUUCUUGCGGUUUUUGGCAACAGGAAGCUACCAACAGAAUCUAGGGAACGAAGCCUUGACUUCAACAGCGAAGUCGACAGUGAGCAGAACCAUUGCGGAAUGUCUGCAGAUUUUUGAGGACCACAUUUGCGGCCAAUGGAUAAAAAAGCCGACACUUACAGAGGAACGCAACACAAUGGAGGCUUUCUAUGAAAGAACAAUGUUCCCUGGAAUUGUUGGAUGCGUUGAUGGCACGCAUAUCCGCAUCAAGUCACCAGGGGACGAAUUGAAAGCCCUUUACUAUAAUAGAAAGGGUUAUUAUAGUAUAAAUGCAAUGGUGAUAUGUGACCAUAAAAUGCGUAUAACAUUUGUCGACGCUAGACAUCCCGGAAGCAACCAUGAUGCAUUUGUAUGGGAAAGGAGUGAUCCAGACAAGUGUAUGCAAAGGGAGUUUGACAAUGGAAAACGAAACUUUUGGAUUCUCGGUGAGUAAUUUGUAUACAUCUUAUAUCAUAAUA